GUUUGGCAUGAUAUUUCUUGACUAAUUUUUUUCCCCUCAUGUUAUCUCUGCCUCUUAUUAUCCUGAUACCAGGUUCUCCUCCCCUGAUCGCCAAUUGCUCGAGUUUGCAUUUUCUACAAUGGCCACCCUACAGAAGUCUGUGAGCACUUCCCUUGUGGGGACUCUGGUUGCUGGCUGCCUCCUGCUCAUUGCCCUUUCAGUUCAGGAAGGGGCAGCUGUGCCCAUCAGCUCCCACUGCAGGCUCGACAAGGCGAACUUCCAGCAGCCCUAUAUCACCAACCGCACCUUCAUGCUGGCUAAGGAGGCCAGUUUGGCAGAUAACAACACUGAUGUUCGUCUCACUGGGGAGAAACUGUUCCACGGAGUCCAUAUGAGUGAGCGCUGCUAUCUGAUGAAACAGGUGCUGAACUUCACUCUUGAAGAAGUGCUGCUUCCCCAGUCCGAUAGAUUCCAGCCCUAUAUGCAGGAGGUGGUGCCCUUCCUGGACAGACUCAGCAACAAGCUAAGCCAAUGCCACAUUCAGGGUGAUGACCAGCAUAUCCAGAGAAAUGUGCAAAAGCUGAAGGACACAGUGAAAAAGCUUGGAGAGAGUGGAGAGAUUAAAGCAAUUGGAGAACUGGGUUUGCUGUUCAUGGCCCUGAGGAAUGCCUGUGUUUGACCAGAGCAAAACUGGAAAAUGAGUGACCAACACUUUUUGCCUGUUAGAAACAACAAUAAGAUGC